AUGAAACUAUUGUACUUGGCCCUCUAUUGUAUUGCCUGCAUACCGCUUGUGCAUGGCCUCUACGAUACUGUCCCUGAUUGCGCAGAGUCCUGUCUUUCACCAGCUCUCGAAUAUACGCCAUGCGCGGCCGCCAACGACACAUGUUUGUGCGACGACAUGAAAUAUAACAUGGCCGUUAUCCACUGCGUUAGGGUUCAGUGCAGCGUCCAACAAGCCCUCAUUACGAAGAACUCGACGUGGACUGAAUGCGGUUUUGCCUUUCACGAUGAAGGAGCAACAAUUCAAUGGGUUCCUUCUUUCUUGUUCGGGGUUCUCUCGCUAUUUUUUGGAAUGCGAUUAGCAACCAAGUGGAUGAAGCUGGCGACAUGGGGAUGGGACGACUGGACCAUUUCGUUUGCAUAUUUCAUGAUGAUUGCGUUCUUAGCCGCAACACUUCUCGCUAGAAGCCAGGGAAUCGGUCGAGAUAUCUGGACCCUCACCGUAGAACAGAUAACAGCUUUCAUCAAGGGCUUUUUCGCUUUCGAAAUUGUCUAUUCCGUGACUCUCGCGGUCAUCAAAGCGUCAAUCCUUUUUCUAUACUUGCGCAUUUUCGGCUCGAUAACAGAGACUUUCCGCCAGAUUCUGUGGGCUACACAAAUCUUUAACGCCGCCGUUUGCAUCACAUUUAUUAUUGUGAACUUCAAUCAAUGCAAGCCGCUCAGUUACUUUUGGCAUGGAUGGGACGGAAAAUAUCCGGGUUACUGCAUCGAUUUAUCGGCUAUGACGCUCUCCCACGCCGCCUUCAACAUCGCCAUGGAUGUUUGGAUGCUUUUACUUCCGUUAACCCAGGUCUACAAGCUCAACCUCCAAAAGAGACAAAAAGCUGGCAUCAUGUCCAUGUUUGGCGCCGGAAUCUUCAUCACCAUUGUCAGCGUCGUCCGACUGAGAAGUGUUUCGUCCUUUAGUCACUCGUGGAACCCAACCUAUGAUUUCUUUAACCUUGCUCUCUGGUCACACAUUGAACUCUGCAUCGGCAUGAUCGUCGCGUGUAUGCCAGCCGCACGAUCUCUUGUCCGACAUCUUUUCCCUGAGCUGCUCUACGCCACUCACAUGAGUUCCGCAAGGCAAUCCAGCAGGGCCACCGGAAACGUUAAAAUCGUGUCCCAGGAUAUCGCAACGAUACCCACGGAUGACAUUCCCGAGAGCUCUACUUCACACACGAAAAGGGGCAAUUCAAAUACCACUUUUGCAUCAGACCGUGUACCUCUGAGAAGGCUUCUUACCAGCGAUAGUUUGAUGGAUGUUUCACCCAGCGAGCACGGAGAUCGUUCCUUAUAUGGGGGAUCACACAAGGGAAGCAAAGUCAGUGAGUGGUGA